AUGCUCGUAGCUGCUCAGGCGCCUCUACAGCAGGAGGAGCCUCUCUCUCCUCUACAGCAGGAGGAGCCUCUCUCCUCUACAGCAGGAGGAGCCUCUCUCUCCUCUACAGCAGGAGGAGCCUCUCUCCUCUACAGCAGGAGGAGCCUCUCUCUCCUCUACAGCAGGAGGAGCCUCUCUCUCCUCUACAACAGCAGGAGCCUCUCUCCUCUACAGCAGGAGGAGCCUCUCUCUCCUCUACAACAGGAGGAGCCUCUCUCUCCUCUACAGCAGGAGGAGCCUCUCUCCUCUACAGCAGGAGGAGCCUCUCUCCUCUACAGCAGGAGGAGCCUCUCUCCUCUACAACAGCAGGAGCCUCUCUCCUCUACAGCAGGAGGAGCCUCUCUCUCCUCUACAACAGGAGGAGCCUCUCUCCUCUACAGCAGGAGGAGCCUCUCUCCUCUACAGCAGGAGGAGCCUCUCUCCUCUACAGCAGGAGGAGCCUCUCUCUCCUCUACAACAGCAGGAGCCUCUCUCCUCUACAACAGGAGGAGCCUCUCUCCUCUACAGCAGGAGGAGCCUCUCUCCUCUACAGCAGGAGGAGCCUCUUUCUCCUCUACAACAGCAGGAGCCUCUCUCCUCUACAGCAGGAGGAGCCUCUCUCUCCUCUACAGCUGGAGGAGCCUCUCUCUCCUCUACAGCAGGAGGAGCCUCUCUCUCCUCUACAGCAGGAGCCUCUCUCCUCUACAGCAGGAGGAGCCUCUCUCUCCUCUACAGCAGGAGGAGCCUCUCUCUCCUCUACAGCAGGAGAGGAGCCUCUCUCCUCUACAGCAGGAGGAGCCUCUCUCUCCUCUACAGCAGGAGGAGCCUCUCUCUCCUCUACAGCAGGAGGAGCCUCUCUCUCCUCUACAGCAGGAGGAGCCUCUCUCUCCUCUACAGCAGGAGGAGCCUCUCUCUCCUCUACAGCAGGAGGAGCCUCUCUCUCCUCUACAGCAGGAGGAGCCUCUCUCUCCUCUACAGCAGGAGGAGCCUCUCUCUCCUCUACAGCAGGAGGAGCCUCUCUCUCCUCCACAGCAGGAGGAGCCUCUCUCUCCUCCACAGCAGGAGGUGGCCUAA